AUGGCAAAUCAACUCUUAACCAGCAUACUGAAGGAGGAAGUGACCUGUCCCGUCUGCAUAGAUAUCCUGCAGGACCCCGUCACUCUGGACUGUGGGCACAAUCUCUGCCUCAGAUGCAUCUCCCGCAUUGCAGAAGAAACAAGCAAACUUUGCAAAUGUCCCCUCUGUGGCAAAUCUGUGAGGAAGAACAACUUCAGGCCCAACUGGCUGUUGGUAAAUCUGGUGGAGAAAAUCCAAGCGAUGGAUCUCCCUGAGAUCCAGCCAGAAAGGGAAGAAGAGCGAUGUCAGAAUCACGGGGAGAAAUUCCAUUACUUCUGUGAUUUUGAUGGGAAGUUCCUUUGUACUGUGUGUCGGGAUGCCAAGGAGCACAAAUCCCACAAUGUGUUUUUAAUAGAAGAGGUUGCCCAGAGCUAUCAGGAGAAACUGCAACUGCAGGUCGAGGUCUUGAAGCAAAAAGAGAAGGCGAUAGAACAAGCAAAGGCACAAGGUGAACGGAAGAUCAACAUAUUCAUGGCCCAGGUGGAAUUUGAGAAGCAAAAGAUCACCAAAGAAUUCACACAUUUGUAUCAGGUCCUAAAGGAAGAGGAGAAUUUUCUCCUGUCAAGGAUAAACUGGCUGGCUCAGGAGGGAGCAAACGGGCAGAAUUUCUACGUCAGUUCUGCCCAGACUCAGCUGACCUCGCUCGGGAAGUUGAUUGAUUCCCUGAAGGCCAGGCAGAACUUGCCACCCAAACGGCUGCUCCAGAACAUCAAGGCUCUCCUGUGCAGGAGUGAAGGAUUUCACUUUCUCAGUCCGACCCCUGUACCUCUGCACCUGGAGAAAAAACUCAGUGAUGCGAAAUCAAGACAUGAUGUACUCACAGAUUACCUGAAGAAGUUCAAAGACAAUCUCCAGGUUGAAGGGAAGAAAGAUAAAAGCAAAUUUUUCAAAGGCCUGAAUAACAAAGAAGUAAUGGAUUGCAGCGAAACAACUAGCGCACCAGAACGGUUGCCCCAGCCCUCAGCUCCAGUCAGCACCCCGCCGCUCCAGCGGCCACCGAUCCCUCCCCGGAUCAGAGUUCCCACCCUAACCCCAACCAACGUCGAGACGCCCGACACGUGCAACACUGCGGAGCUCAAGGAGGCGCUGUUCCCGGUAACCUUUGACAAAGCCACAGCCCACCCAGACCUCAUCAUUUCACCGGAUCUGAAGACAGUGACGCUGGAUUUCAUUCAUCAGGAGACCGCUAAUGAGCCCACGGACCCUGCGUGCUUCUAUCCAUUCCGCUGCUUGCUGGGCUACCCCGGGCUCUCCACCGGCCGCCGGACCUGGGAGGCGGAGCUGCAGGGGCCGGGAGGCGGGGCCUGCAUGGUGGGCGUGGCCCUCGAGCAUGCAGCCCGGAGGGGCUUCCUGGUGGUGGAGCCCUUGACCGGCUUUUGGGUGCUCCGAAUAACAGGCUCCGAGUGCCAGGCGAUCACCGGGGCUGACACCCGGGAGGACCUCCCUCUCCGUCCGAGGAAAGUGGGCAUCAGCGUAGAUUAUGAGUGCGGGGAGGUCGUCUUCUACGACGGCAUUACGAACAAACACAUCUACACCUUCCACACCUCCUUCCCGGGACACGUCUUCCCCUUCUGCCGGCUUCUAUUUGCUGGCACCCGGGUCACCUUGAAUCCCUAA